ACGUAGCAGCGAGGCAGACGCACAGAGAUGCAAAUAGUGAAGAAGUGAGGAGCGAACUUUUUUUCCGCUGCUUCCAUUCAUUCUGACGCGCGUGGAUUUUGCGCAACUUUGGACCACCUACGACAAAGUGCUCACAGGACAGACGGACAGGGAGACAGGCGAGCCCGCAGGCGGACAUCUCCGUGACAAGCUGACGAUGUGUCUCCGGUGGAAGGGAAAGAAAAACUCCACCAAAUGACCACCAACAUCUCCCACCAACACCACUACUACGCCUGUGCGCAAAGCCUGAGCAUGACUGGUUUGUUUAGCGUGGACGCGUGGAGCCGUGGAAGCAUUAACUCAUCCAUGCAUUCUAAGAAAACAUAGUUUGGAUUACUUUCUGUGUGUGUGUGUGUGUGUGUGUGUGUGUGUGCGUGUGUGUGUGUGUGUGUGCGUGUGAGGAGAGAGUCACGAUGCGCGGAACCCUGGGCGCAUUGAUCCAGUCCUGCCUGGUUCUUCUGGUCAAAAGUGACCAGUGGAGGAUCAGAUCUGACUCAAGCGACUGUGAGCUCCACAAGAAACAAACAGACUUAAACUCCUUCUUGUGGACCAUCAAAAGGGACCCUCCCUCGUAUUUCUAUGGUACAAUCCACGUUCCCUACACCCGCGUGUGGGACUUCAUCCCUGAGAACUCCAAGCAGGCCUUCCAGCAGAGCAACAUAGUCUACUUUGAGCUGGACCUGACUGAUCCUUACACCAUCUCAGCUCUGACCAGCUGCCAGCUGCUCCCCCAGGGCGAGAACCUGCAGGACGUUCUACCCAGAGACAUCUAUCGCAGACUUAAGAGACACCUGGAGUAUGUGAAACUCAUGAUGCCUUCGUGGAUGACGCCAGAUCAGCGAGGGAAGGGACUUUAUGCGGACUACCUCUUCAACGCCAUCGCCGGGAACUGGGAAAGGAAGCGACCGGUCUGGGUCAUGUUGAUGGUGAACUCGCUAACCGAGGCGGACAUUAAGACGAGAGGCGUGCCGGUGCUGGACCUCUACCUGGCCCAGGAGGCGGAGAGGAUGAGGAAGAGGACGGGAGCUGUCGAGAAGGUGGAGGAACAGUGUCAUCCACUCAAUGGCCUCAAUUUCUCGCAGGUGAUCUUUGCCCUCAACCAGACUUUAUUACAGCAAGAGUCCUUACGAGCAGGAAGCCUCCAGGUCCCGUACACGACAGAAGACCUCAUCAGGCACUACAACUGUGGUGACCUCAACUCCAUCAUCUUUAACCACGACACAUCACAGGUCCCAAACUUCAAUAAUGUAACACUGCCGCCCAGUGAGCAGGUGACCGCCCAGGAAAUAGAUACCUACUUCCGACAGGAACUCAUCUACAAGAGGAAUGAGCGAAUGGGCAAACGGGUCAAGGCCCUACUGGAAGAGCACCCAGACAAGAGCUUCUUCUUUGCCUUUGGAGCAGGUCACUUCUUGGGCAACAAUACAGUAAUUGAUGUGCUUCGCCGCCAAGGAUAUGAGGUAGAGCACACCCCUGCUGGGCAGCCCAUACGCAGGAGAUCGUCCAGACCUGACGUAAUGGAGUCAGAGGACCAACAAGUUGAGUCCCCGCUCUUGGAGCCGUUCCUCCAUGAACUUUCAGAAGAGGAUGAGGGGCGUCCCCUGGAGGACGACAGGUUGACCCACAUGCUCUUGCCUUCGGACAGCCUGGAGCUGCUGGAGAAAGCGGAGAAGAAGAUGCUGAAGAAGAGGCGGAGGAACAAGCAGAAGAAACAGCGUCACAGGCAUUUUAACGAUCUGUGGGUCCGCAUAGAAGAGAGUGCCAUGCCCCAGUCUCCGCCUCCCCCGGUGGUUCGCAUUAUCAACGGUUACAUCACAGUGAAGCCUCCGAGUAGGGCCUUCAACCACUACAACUAUUAUAACCUACCAUCUGCCUCAACGUUCCCCUCAUCCUCACUAGUCCUCCUGUGUGCGUCGCUUACAGUCAUCCAUCAGGCAUGGACUAUGCUGCAGUAGAGUAUUUGUUGUACACACGGACUCCUCUAGUAGAAGUAUUUGGGACUACAGUACACCAGAGCCGGCGGAGCAUCUCUCUUGCAAACUUAGGACAGCACGUAAGGGAAUGCUUUGUGAAUAUGAAUUUUUUUCAACGGUUUCCGUCAAGCAUAAAACCUCAAGAGCAGGAGGUAUGAAUGUGUAAAUUCGUGUGUGUGUGUGUGUGUGUGUGUGUGUGUGUUAUCUAUCAGCUCUUAAGCCCCCUGGCCUUGCCAACCGCAGUGUUUCCAGACUUUUAAUUUAUUCUUCCAUAGUAGAAGAAUACUAAUUAGUGUUUAAUGCUACAGAAUAGCCUAUCACAGCAGGGGACAUUUGUAUAAAUUGUGUUUAAAUAUUAUAGAUGUAUUUUAGAAUUAUUCAAAAUGUAAAAAAAUUAAAAAAAAACACACAACACACAUGUUUAUAUGAUUAUAUAAAUAGAUAUGCAGUAUAUUUUUUCCAACAGAAAAUCAGGAACUAACCACCAUUGUCUAUAAUGUGUCUCACUGAAUUGUUUUUUUUGUUGUUUUUAACGGUCAAAAAAUAAUGUUUUACUUUGUGUAUCAGUGGUAAUAGCUUGCCAGGUUUUUUGUGUCCACUUAAAAAAUGUCUUAUUUUCAUUGUAUUUGUUUAAUUUAUUUAACUACAUUAGUUUUGCUUUACGCUGGAUGGCACGGUGCCUGUUUUUUUCAUGUACGUGUUUAAUCACUUUUCAUGCACGGCAUCGCUGUCCAAUGGAAAGCAUGUAUUCCCAAAUUUUGCCUGUACUUUUCCUUGUUGUAGAAUAUUUUUUUAAGUUAAAAAUGAUCAGUGUUGGCCAAAUUACGUAAAGCAAAGUAAUUGGUUAUAGUUACUAGUUAUUUCCCCAGACAAUGAAUGAAAUUAAUAACGAAAUCCCUCCUUCAUAAAUGUAAUUAGUUACCAGGGAAAGUAAUUAUUGUGGUACUUUUUUUUUUUUAAACCAUCAAAUGUGUAAAAAAAAUGUCGGCUUUAGCUUUGGUAGUGGCUCGUGCUUCAUUUGACGAUGCUUGCGACUUGCAGUUCUCUCCCAACACGCUAGGAGGCGGUGUUUUCCGGCGCGUGAGCAAGCACCACUCUUGUUGACUAGCUAUUUAGCUUCCUGUGUAGGAGUCGAGAGCAGUAGCGACUGAAGCGUUGCUGAUAUCAGUGCAUGAUAACCACAUUUCAUUGUCGGUAACGUUUGAAAAUAGUAAUUACUGUGACUUUUAACACUGAAGGCAAUAAAUAUACAUGCUUUUGAUUGGACAGUGAUAAUAAUAAUAAUAAUAAUAAUAAUAAUAAUAAUAAGGUGUUCCGAAAGCUUUCAUGUCAUUUACAGGAUAGGAGUGUUCCUAGUAUUACCAUGGCAGCAAUAAAAUAUUUAUCUAGAUGGAUUCUGUUCAUUCUUUGCAUUUGUUUGUGCACAUGCACGGCAUCGUCGUGUCCUGACCCGGGUUCACGCCAGUGUUUACGUGAGGUUAAUGUGGUGUGAUAAGGCAGCGAUUAAGAAGAAGCGAGCGAUGCGUGCAUGUGGUCGGGCCACAAACAAGGCAAGCCGCUCUGCUGCCAGCGUGUCCGUCCCGCGGGAAACAAACAGGAAACCAGAGCUCAGGCCGUACUUACACGGGCAGGAAAUGAACGUUAAUUGGUUUGUUAUAUCAACAGGAAAAGAAAGCCAAUUUUUAUUUUGGUCUUUGAUUUCACGGCGGCUUUCUGCUGCAGGACAUGGAGAUUAUUUUUGUGUGUUUGCAAGAGGCUUACAAGGGUAAUUCUUAAAAGGUCAGCUUUUCUUAAUUGGGCAAAAAUGUCUGCAAGUCUUUACACCUGGCCGUGAGUACGUCAAGCCUCGAGGGCGCUGACAGAGAAGCGAUCGAUACGUAUCCUGCAAAAGCAUUAAUAAGCGCGUGUGACUGCAGACUGCACUUUACCGGGUGUAAUGUAACACCCUGCAGAAACAUACUUUGUGUGUCACU